GGCGAGAGCCUCAUGGCGGAAGAAGAGAGCGACCAAGAGGCCGAACGCCUCGGAGAAGAGCUCGUGGCCAUUGUGGAGUCCCCUCCAGGCCCUGCGGGGCUUAGAGUUGCGGGCGACGGCAACGACGGCACUGGCGGCAGCAGCUGCGGUGGCGGCGUCGUCGGGAUCAGCAGUCGGGAUUACUGCCGACGCUUCUGUCAGGUGGUUGAAGAUUAUGCUGGAAGAUGGCAGGUCCCUUUGCCACAGCUUCAAGUUCUUCAGACUGCACUUUCCUGUUUUACAUCAGCCAGUGCAUCAUUCCCAGAUGAAUGUGAGCACGUACAAUAUGUUUUGAGUAGCCUUGCCUUGAGUUUCUUUGAGUUGCUGCUAUUCUUUGGAAGAGAUGAGUUUUAUGAAGAGCCCUUAAAGGAUAUUCUUGGAUCAUUCCAGGAAUGCCAGAAUCACCUCCGCAGAUAUGGAAAUGUGAAUCUGGAACUGGUGACUCGAAUCAUUAGAGAUGGUGGCCCAUGGGAAGAUCCAGUGUUGCAAGCUGUUCUUAAAGCCCAGCCAGCAUCUCAGGAGAUAGUGAACAAAUACUUAAGUUCGGAAAAUCCACUGUUCUUUGAACUACGUGCCAGAUACCUAAUUGCUUGUGAACGCAUACCUGAAGCAAUGGCUCUUAUUAAAUCUUGUAUAAAUCACCCAGAAAUCAGCAAAGACUUAUAUUUCCAUCAAGCACUCUUCACAUGUUUAUUUAUGUCACCUGUAGAAGAUCAGCUAUUCCGGGAGCAUUUAUUGAAAACUGAUUGUAAGAGUGGAAUUGAUAUCAUCUGUAACACUGAAAAAGAAGGCAAGACUAUGUUAGCCUUGCAACUCUGUGAAUCUUUUCUUAUUCCACAGCUCCAGAAUGGGGAUAUGUAUUGUAUCUGGGAGUUGAUUUUCAUAUGGAGUAAACUUCAGCUUAAGUCUAAUCCUUCAAAACAAGUUUUUGUAGAUCAAUGCUACCAGCUUUUAAGAACAGCAACUAAUGUGAGAGUCAUAUUUCCUUUCAUGAAAAUCAUUAAGGAUGAGGUUGAAGAAGAAGGCUUACAAAUUUGUGUUGAAAUAUGUGGUUGUGCUCUACAACUAGAUCUUCAUGAUGAUCCCAAAACUAAGUGUCUAAUUUAUAAAACAAUUGCACAUUUUUUGCCAAAUGAUUUGGAGAUCCUCAGGAUUUGUGCGCUCUCAAUAUUUUUCCUUGAGCGCUCCUUGGAAGCUUAUCAUACUGUUGAAGAGCUUUACAAACGUCCAGAUGAAGAAUACAAUGAAGGCACCAGUAGUGUUCAGAAUCGUGUUCGUUUUGAAUUACUUCCAAUUUUGAAAAAGGGGUUGUUUUUUGAUCCUGAAUUCUGGAACUUCGUAAUGAUUAAGAAAAACUGUGUAGCAUUACUGAGCGAUAAAUCAGCAAUCAGAUUUCUAAAUGAAAAUACACUGGACAAUUCUACAGGUAAUCUAAAAAAGACAGUGGAACAGAAAUGUUUAGAUGAAGGUCUUGACUCUUUUACAGAUCAGAGCACUGGAGAACUUGAUCCUGAUGAUAUACCUGGAGUACAGCCUAAAGGCCACGCUAAUACAAAGAAAAACCUGACAGCUCUUAAUGCUUCUAAAGUAGACCACAGUGUCCCAAGGCAUCGGUGUAUGUUAUGUAACAAGGAAUUUCUAGGUGGUCACAUUGUAAGGCAUGCCCAGGCUCAUCAGAAAAAGGGCAGUUUUUCCUGUGUAAUAUGUGGUAGGAAAUUUAGAAACAGAGGACUUAUGCAGAAGCAUUUAAAGAAUCAUGUUAAAAAAAUACAAAGACAGCAGAUUGCUGCAGCUCAACAGGAGGAUCAGGAAAUUCCUGCUUUGGAAGACAUAAAUUGUUCCAGUUCUUUAAUUUCAUUCGAAAACGGGAAUUCUGAUAAUAGAGAUUUGGAAGUACAGACUAAUAAUACUUCAAGUGAUGGAAACGAAGAAGUCAUCCCCGAGUGUGUGGCUGAAUUCACUGAAAUUCCCGUAAGUGUAUCAGAAGAUGUUAUUGAAAAUGGCAGUCCUGAUACUUAUGUAAAUAAUGUAUUGGACCCUUUACCUGUGUGUGAGGAUGACUAUGAGGAGGAAGAGGAGGAAGAAGGUGAUUAUGAAGAAGAUGAUUAUGACCUGAAUCAAGAAACUUCAGUACUUCAUAAAAUCAACGGAACUGUGUGCCAUCCAAAAGACAUAUAUGAUACAGAUCAAGAAGGAAACUUUAAGUGCCCUGCUCUUGGCUGUGUCCGGAUAUUUAAAAGAAUUGGAUUUUUAAAUAAACAUGCAAGGACUGCACAUCCAACUGACUUAAAUGUGCGGCAAACAGUAAUGAAGUGGAGCAAAGGAAAAUGCAAAUUUUGUCAAAGGCAGUUUGAAGAUUCUCAGCAUUUUAUAGAUCACCUUAAUAGACACAGCUAUCCAAAUGUGUAUUUUUGUUUGCAUUUUAAUUGCAAUGAGUCGUUUAAGCUGCCAUUCCAGCUUGCUCAGCACACAAAAAGUCACAGGAUAUUUCAAGCUCAGUGUAGUUUUCCAGAAUGUCAUGAGCUUUUCGAAGAUCUUCCUCUGUUAUAUGAACAUGAAGCUCAGCACUAUUUAAGUAAAACACCGGAAUCAUCUGCACAACCAAGUGAAGCAAUUGCUUGGGAUGAUCUUACAGACUCAAAUCCUAGUCAUCAGGAAAAAGACUCAUCUAGUAAUGAGAAACAAGCUAUUAGUCUGUCAGUUUCUACUAGCAAAUCAAGGAAGGAUUCUACAGAACCAAAGACGUGUAUAGACAGUAUGGAAAAGAAGACAGACAGUUUAGUUCAGAAUGGAAAUGAGCAUUCUGAUGACACUGUUUCUGAUAUAAGCUUGAUAAACCAAAAGAUGCCUGACAUAGAGCCAAAUUCUGAAAAUAAUUGUAGUAUUAGUGAUUUAGUCAAUGGACACAGUGGAAUAGAACAGACACCUUUAGUUUCAUCAGGUCCUGCUUUGAAAAUUGAUACAAAUAGAAUCAGGACAGAAAACGGUUCCAUUUUACCCAAUGUACCACAAGAACACAGUACCCUGACAGUAUCUCAGGCACCAUCCAAACCAAAUCUGACGAGUGAACAUACUUCAUAUGGCUUAAUUGUGUCAAAGCCAUAUGUCAGACCAUUGCCUCCCAGUUACCUUGAUGAACGGUACCUUAGUAUGCCAAAACGCAGAAAAUUUCUGACUGAUAGGAUAGAUGCCUGUUCCGAUCAAGAUAACAUUUGUAAAAAAUCAAUGAAAAGAUUAAGAUGUGGCAAAUGCCUGACCACCUACUGUAAUGCAGAAGCACUUGAGGCUCACCUUGCACAAAAGAAAUGUCAGGCACUCUUUGGAUUUGAUUCAGAUGAUGAAAGUGCCUGAUAAAAAUGUUUCAGAAAGAUCUGUCGAUCAAGCAGUAGUGUGAAAAAAGCACUACAAGAAAAUGCAUCAUCAGUUUGCUAUUUCCCUGAUGGCCUUAAUUUUAGAGCGGUCUUGGAAUACUAAAGAUAAAGACAAAGCACAUUUUCUAGAAUGAACUCAGAGAUGUGCUGGUUCAGAUUCCAAAAGGGUUAUUACAAAACUCCCAAAGUACCAGUUAUCCAUAAAACCACAUUUUAAAAAAAGUUUGUGAGAUUAAUAGCAGCAUGUUCAGUUUCGCUUAUGUGAAAACCAUGUUCAGGCAACUAGUCAGAAAGACAAACCAGCUAUGGCCUUACAGAAAAGGAAAAGUUAACCCAAUUAUUUUAAAAGGGGGAGGGGUUGGUUUACAAUAAAGUAUUCUGCAAAUGGGAUGGUUUUCUUGUCAUGUGUAACCUCCCUUCUUGUCAAACAUAGUUUAAGGAAUCACUACUAUUUGGUUUAUUAUAAUUUAGAAACUGAUACAUGAAAAUAUAACUUGAUUUAUCACCAUUCUAUCCAUAAAAGAUUGUAACUUGUUUCCAGAUGACUGAGUAAACACAGGUGAAAGUUCAGUGCAUGGCAUGCCAACAUUGGAAAUUAAAAAAACAAAAGACAAAACAACCGUGCUUUGAUAGAACCUUCCAUUUUCCAUUUUUGUAAUACCAAUGAAUUAUAUUUAAAAGGCAGCCAUGUCAAUUAAAUAGAAAAAGUACCAUUGGUAACUUUGGGGACAGAUGGGAGGAAUCUAAGACCAUUAAAGGCUAUCUAGUUGAAGGAAAACACUGAAUUGCAAAUUCCUCAAUGUGAAUACAGUAAUGGUAUAAGCACACUGGGAUAUUUCUAUUUGUAUAUAGUGUUAGGACAUUGCUUGAUGAUUCAUAGUAAGGUCCUUUAGACAUUAAUGUGAGUUAUCUAAGUACAGUCCUAUAAAAAUAACUGGCUGUAAAAAAAAAUAUGUAAGCUAAGAAUCGGGUCAAGAAUUCAUUGGUUUUAUUCAUUUAGGAGAGUUAUAAAAUAAGCCAUACUACUCAUGCUUUCUUAUUUAUUAGUGAUGAAUUUGGUCUGAAUAAUUUUAUAUAUAUAUAUGUGAAAGGAAAUAUUUACACAAAAAUUUGCACAGCAAGAACACAGUAAGAUAUAUUGAUGCAUUUAUUUUCCUUGAUGACCAGUAAUUUUCCUAAGGAAGAUUUUAACUUAAUUGUUAAACAAAAAAAUUUUUUUUUUAAGAAUACCCUCUCAGAUGUAUUCUCCUUGUACAUUCUCUAAAAGAGGAAGGUUAAAGACCUUUUACCUAGUAAUGUGUUAAUCUAUAGCAGGGAUAAAAUGAACAAAAAUGCAAAGGCAGAGUCUUCAAAAACUGAGUAAUGUACCAGUGUCAACCAAAUAUUCCAGUUUUCCAACUGACACAUUUUUGUUCAAAGCAGAUAAUCUCGUCAGACCCUACUAUAUCCAAAUAUUUUGAAUAUUAUGUUUUGACCUAUUAAAGCUUCUUGAAUGAAGUUACCAAGCAAGGGGGGAUGCUUCUUCCAGGGCAGCAUCCAGACUUUAUUAAAUUAGGUUUUCCAAGCCACAAUAGAUAAUGGUAGAUCAGAUAUCUAAGAAUUUCCCAAUUUUAUUUGCUUAGUUAUCAUGGGCAUUCACUGCUAUGCAAUUGACAGUCAAAUCCAUUCCAAUAAAAUUUAGGUUUGCUUGUUUUUUUAAGUAGCCUACAUUAGGCUGUGGAAUUUACAUUAAAUAGCAUAAGUAAAAAAUCAAUUAGCUUUUUUAAUUCUUUAAGGUCAACUUAAAAUGUUUUCCAUACUCCCUGACACUAAAAAUGUAAUACUUGAGAUCUAUUUCAGUUUAGUCUAAAAUAAUCAUGUAAUAAAAAGUCUGUUUGGAAACUAGUUCAUUUGGACAAUCAAGUUAUUUUUGAAAUAAAAUUUCUGCUUAAUUUUCUGGAAGUUUAAAAUUAUAACAACAUUUUUAACUUUUUAUUUUUUUGUAAGUUGAAACUAUCAUGUCUACAAAUUAUUUUCAUUCAUUUUGCAGUUCAUACCAGGAUGUUUUAAACAUGUAUGUUAUUUUUUUGUCUUUGAGGUUUUAUUUCUGUUGUGUUGCUAAGGGAAAACUUUCAGAAAGACAGAUCAAAUGGGUUUAUACACAAGUCAAGGAAUGUCAUAAAAUUCUAUUUGACCACUGUUCUAACGUCUUCUCAAAUAAUUGCUAUUGAAUGUGUACAUUUUAUGUAUGUUUUAUAAAACAUAAGCUUACAUCAUUUUGCUUGUAGAGGGUGCAUAAACUUCCAACAGCUCGUAAUUUGGAAUCCAGAAGAAAAGGAAGCUUUCUUCUUCCUCAGUUUAUUGUCUUUCUUUUCUACUCCUUCUAUUUUGAGGAUGUGCUUAUCUUACAUGGACCAAGUUUCAAUCCUUUGUUUUUAAAUAAAAAAUUGCCUUCAAAACAUUAAAUAUUAACUUUCUGCUAUGUUUCAGUAAGGUCAAGAAAGAGCAAAUCUGAAUCGUUGCUGCUCAGAUAUUAUGGGGAGGUGGAAAAGGAAUCUCCGUGGACAAGGACACUGGUACUUUGGGCUUUAGCCAUAUUCGUUUUUUAAACCCACCAAUUAUAUAAUGAUAGAUAAUUUAUAACAUUGAACUUGUGAUUCUUCUGAAGUCACACUUGAAGGUUCAGCCGUACUCCUUUUGUGUUUGGUUUAAACUGUUGUAUGGAUGAAAAACCUAAAAGGGAUGAUAGUGUUUUAUUUUUUAAUUUAUUUGGUACUGUAAAACACCUUUUCAGAAUGACUAAAUGCUGCAUAUGCAUUUUGGAACUGUUAAUAUGUGAAAGAUAUUACAGAUUCAGCAAGAAAGGAAUUUGUGCUUCCUUGUUGAACAUUAAAUUAUUUUACUUUGCAUUUUAUAAGAGUACAAAUUAAAACUGAGCCAUUGAACUGCAAUAAAUCAACGAUAGUGUCUCAUUUCAAGAAAUUUUUUGUACUGUACAUAGAUCUGUUCAAUAAAACAUUGUCCUUAUUGGUAAUGAA